UUCUUUAAAAAACAGAGAAGGGAAAGAGAGAGAGAGAGAGAGAGAGAGGGAGAGAGAGGGUGUGUUCCAUUUUUGAUAAUGGAGAUGGGGUUUUGAUUUCUUCACUGUGUGCGUGUGUGAUUUUCAGCUUUGAAAAACCCAUCUCAUCGUUUAGCCUCUCAACUUAUCAAAGUAUCGUUUUCCAAAAUCUGGAGACUGCACGGACAAAUUCGUGUUGGUUAUGGAUUCUAGCUCUGAGAUUGUACUGUAGACCAUUAGUGUCUGCUGGAUUUCCAAAAGAAAGAGAGAAAGGGGAAAGGGCCUGAAGAAACCGUUGUUCUUUUUCCGAACAGAAGAAGUUCAAAGAAAAAGAGAAAGACUUCGGGACAGUCAUGAAGGUGUUCGAAGUUGAUGGCAGGACUCUCUCUGUGGUCCUCUUCACAGAUGUCUUGAACUCUAGUGAACUUCUAGAUGCCAUGCAAAGUGGAACCCUAGAACCAGAAGUAGCAUUUCUCAAUGCAUCACUUGUACCAGAUGUUUUCCCUGUUUUAGUAGCCGCGCACAAGACACUUUUAUCAAAGUCAAGGGAGACAUUGACAACAAGGACUCUGCAUUCUGAGCUUGUCUACAACUACUCUCGAUCAAAGCAUAUUUCCGAAUCAUUGAAAAGAUGCGGCAUAUCUAAGGACUCUACUUAUGUUCUUGUUGCUCGUUUUGAUGCUUCUCAUGACGAGAUGAAAAGCAUAGAGAAACUUGUUAAUGGGAAAGAGAUCGGAUUGGAGGAGUUGGCAGGAAGAGCAAAUCAAGCCCAAAUACAGAAGCACUACAAGAUAUCAGGUCUGGAAUUAGGGAUAUCCUCACUCGACAAUGCCAUCACAUGCCGGAUUGCUGUUCGAGAUGCCUUGUGAUGAGAAAAUACCAAAAAGCUUUUAGUCAGUGGUUGAUGUGGUUCGUAACAAAUUUCUGACAAACACUAAUUGUCUUGUUUUUUCCCCCAUUUAUACUCUCUCUUUGCCAAUUUAGUUGUUUUUGUGGGUUUAACUUUAGUUAAUUUGGAGUUCACUUACCCAGCAAUAUCAAAUGCUAUAUUGUAGAGUAAGUAGGUGGGGAAAUGCAUCUAAUACUAAUGUUACCUAUGUGCAUUAUGGUUCUCGUUUUUGGUGUGUUUUUGUUUUGAACCAUAUUCUGAUAACUUCAAGUGUCUUAUUGGAAUCUAUGCUGCCCCCGCCCCCCCUUUUCUGUGUCA